GAAGAGCGGAAUCCCACCCAAAAACGGCAAAAACCGAACUCGCCGUUCCCCCUUCCACAUCCCUUUCAUUUUCGUUUUGUGUUUGUAAACAACAAUAUUAAUCACUGUUUUCGUUUUUGCGCUAUAAUAUAAUUCUCACGUCCGUCGCACGGUUUUUGAUUUGAACGCGUCUGCCGUCCAGCGAUGUCGCUCGAGUUCGAGGUUUUCCCGCCCGUGACGGCCGGCCGCCAACGUCGCCACCGCCGCAAUGCGUUUGCCGCCGUUUUCGUGUGAGCGGCCGUUCACCACCGGACGACGGUCAACGGGGGCGCCAGUCGAACCGACCGAAUUUGAAACGUAAUAUUUUCACGUCUGGUCGUUCUAUCCAUUUAAAACCCACUUGCCCAUCGACGUGAUAUCACUCGAUGAAAGAACCAACAUACCUUGACUAUUGGGUUUUAUUGGAUUUGUAUUUAGGAGCAAUCAUUGUAUUAUUAGAACAAUAAUUACAAAUUUGACAAGUGUUGCUUAACUUGCAUCAUUUUAAAAUGAAUAAAAAAUUAUUUAUGGCAAUGAGCCGCCGCCGUAUAUCAUGCCCAUUGGCUGUUCAACAGCUGUGGGAUGCGGUGAAAGUGAUACGUUUUCAAAGGCAGGUACCAGAUAUCGAUCGCAUCACAAAAUAUAUGACUAAAGUCCACAAUAUGUCAACAGAGGAAGUGGGAAGACAAUUAAAUUAUUGUGUUCGAGACGGUCUUUUGAUUUUAACCAAAAGAGUUGGUAAUAAAGGUUCAAAAGCAGGAGUUGAAACAGAAGGAUAUAAACUUCCAGAAGAAAAAGCUGAAAAAGACAGUCAUGAUUGGUAUUGUUUUCAAUGUCACAGUGCUGGAGAUGUGAUAAGUUGUACAUCUUGUUAUCGAGUUUUCCAUCUUUCAUGUAUUGAAAAGAAGGACUUGCCAGAAAAUGAUGUUAAGCAUAAGUUCAUUUGUAAUAUAUGCAAAAAUUGUGCUUCAACUAAAGAAGCUUGUAAAAAGAUUAAAAAAAGCCAGCUCAACAGGCUUCUUUAUCAUACUACUGGUAGAUUAAGAGAAAAAAUACCUUUACCAUGGUCAGAACGCAAAAUUGCCACUACUGCUCCAUCAACAUAUGUUUCAGACAGACUCCAAUUUCAGAGUCAACUAAAAGGUAGUGAUUUGCAUUUUAACAUGAAGUGUGCAUUAAAAGACAAAGAUCCUUGGAGAAUAGAUCUUCUUAUUUUCAAAAUUAUAGACCUUCAAAUGAUUGAAGAUAAAGCUGAUGAUGAUGAGUAUAAAAAUGUUGAAGAGUUCCGAGCAGACAUAUUAACCUUUGUUCACAAUAUUAUUAUUUUUCAUGGCGUUCAUAGCAGUUUAGCUGAUUAUGGGCGAUUAAUGUUGAGGGACUGCAAUCGAGAUUUGGAUGAGAUAAUGAGGUGCCGUUAUUGUUACAAAUAUUCUAUACAAAAAAAUUCUAAAUUUUGGUUCUGUAAACCAUGUAAGCCCCCACAUGAACUAGUGUAUGCAAAACAAGAAGAUUUUCCAUAUUGGCCAGCAAAAGUUUUGAAAAUUGAAGGUGAUAUGUAUGAAGUAAGAUUUUUUGGUAGUGAACACCAACUUGGAAUUAUUGACAAAACUCAAAUACGACCUAUAUCGGUGAACAUUCAUACCUUGCAGUCUCAAGGUCGAACUUCUCAAUGGAACAAAGCAUGUGAGGAAUUGCGUCGCCAUCAACUUCAAUUGGACAAAGUUAUAUUUGGUCUUGCUGCACAAUCAUCAUCAUCUUCCUCCAGUUCGUCUUCAGAAGAUGAAGAAGAAACACCUAAACUUAAAUUGAGGGUUUCACCCAUUCUAAAACGUUAUGAAAGGAGAAAGGUUAAAGAACAAAAAAUAUCAAUAAAAACUGAGGCAAAAAUAGAGACAGAUACUGAGGAAUCAGAAUCAAAAGACGAAGUAAAACCUGUAAAAAGAAAACGAGGUAGACCGUUGUCUCUAGAAAAAAAAUCAAGUCCGCCAAAAAAAGUUGUAAAGAAAUCUUUAUUAAUUAAAAAAACCAGUCCUGAAAAUACUGUAGAAAAAAGACCUAGAGGUAGACCCAGAAAAGUUAUUGAACCUGUAAUUGAAGAUAGUACUCCAGUUAAACAUUUGAAAACAAAAGUUAAAAGUACAAAAGAAAAUACUAAUGCAUCUGAUGGAAUUAAAACAUCAAAAAAUGCUUCACCGUUGAAAACAAAAUCUCCAGUAAAAGAAAAUGAAGUAGAUGAAAAUAUAACAUCUACAACUGAAAGAAUAAAAGACCCUGAUGUUGUUGAAGACGAAACAGUUAGUUCUUCAUGUCAAGAUUUAGUACGAUCAGUUAAAGUGCAAACAAAACCAAUCAGCAAAAAACCGCCUAAAAGCUAUAUAAACAAGAUUCGAGCUGAAAUGGAAAGUGAAAAACGUAAAGCUAUCGAACAACUGAUUGAACAACAUAAAGAGGAGAUUUCUUUAUUGCAAGAAAACCACAAUAUUGCACUGUCCGAAGUAAAGAAAAAGCAAUGGUGUGUGAAUUGUGAAAGUGAAGCUAUUUACCAUUGUUGUUGGAAUACAGCAUAUUGUAGUCCUAAAUGUCAACUAAUUCAUUGGAGUAGUGAACAUAAAAGGCAUUGUCGUCGAAAAAGAUGAUCUUAAGCUAUUUAUGGGAGUAUUUUAACUAAAGAAAUAAUUUUCUUUUAGUUGAAAAUCUGCCAUGUACAUACACACAUACUUACAUUAUAUUUAUAUUUAAACAUUUUUAAAUGUGUUACUAGUUUAUAUACUACUAACUCAAUAUUUUACUUAAUUUGAGUAAAUUUAUUUUAUGUGUAGUAUCUUAUAUUAAAUAUUAACGAACAAUAUUACUUAAAAGUAACGUGAUUAUUCAAAAACAUACAAGUAUUAUUAAUCUUACAAUUUUUAUGUUAAUUCAUGUAUUUUUGCUGAUUGACUUUGUACCAUUAUUAUGUAUUAAUUGUUUGACUCAUCUACAUAGUGUACAGUAAAGAGUUGUCCUAAUAUUAAUCAAAUAUUUCAAAUAUAAUGUAAAUGUAUUACAACAUCCAAGCAGUUACAUCUUAAAAUAUUGGGUUUAUAUUUGGUUAAGUUUUUUUUUGAAACCCUUUACCCACAACUGUAUGUUUUAAUUUUCUUUUUUCAAGCUAAUCUGCAUUAAAUUGUUUUUAUACAAAUUAAUAUACAGUAGCUGCUUAUUGGACUUGCGGUUACUUGACUCAUUUGCCUAUUAGACUCAUUCAGGCUGGCCUGUAUACUAACUAUAUUCUGUGUGCUAAUCGAUAGUGCUCAACUCCGCCUCGCAUCCAAAUAAUAGCACAACUGCACGAGGUCAAAUUUCUCCCACUUAGCUGGGUGACACAACAUGGGGGACGUGCAGACUACAACCUAUUUUGGUCGUUGAUGACUUUCACUCUCUUGGUGCGCAGAGUAUACUAAAACAUAGAGACAAAUAUGAUGUUCAUUGGACUCAACCAUACCUGUUAAUAGGUCAAUUAAAUUGAAUAAAUAACUAUAUUAAUAAGUUAAAUGUUUGAAUAUUUUUAUUGAUUUGCCUAUGAUUGUUAAUGUACAAUUUAGUGAAUAUAAUGAAAUACGUAAUAAAUAAAUAAUAAUGAAUAUUUAUAAGUAGAAUUUUCUAUUUUACUUAUAAAUCUUAUUAUUAUUACAUACAUUAUACAUAUAUCUUAAUCUAGACUUUGCACAUUAUUGAUUCAUUUAGUUAAUGGUUCAAAUGUUUUGGUCCCAAAGCAAUUCCAAUAAGUGGCUUUUACUGUAUCUAUUAAAAUAUAUUCAUCAAAUUGUAUAAUAUUUUGGAUGCAGUGUAGUGAAAGUUAAUUUGUUAUAAUUUCCAUCUUCAUUAUAUUUGUUUGAAAAAAUAUAUUAACAUUUUUAGUGAAGCGAGGAAUGUAUUGGUUUUUUUUAUAUUGUUUUGUUGUCUUUUGUACAUUUUUUUUUUAAAGUUUAUGAGUAAAUAAUAUUCUAAUUUGUUAAACAUAGACUUUUUUUAUACGUAUUAUUUUUUUGUUUUAUUAUUAUAAUUUAUUAUUAGAAAUUAGGUUUAAGUUAUUCUAAAACGGUGCUUUAAAGUUAGUUAUUUAAUAAUUAUAAGAGUAAAGGGGUAUUUCCAUUUUAGCAAGUAUAAAUCACUAAAUAAUAUACACAACAUAUUUAGAUUAUUUAAUGAGCUUUGAAAACUAUAAUAAGUUUAUAUACGAUAUAUUAUACAAAUUAAUAUAGAUAUAUGGCAAUUCACUAAGCUUGCUUUUAUAUAAUGAAAUAAUUAAAACUUAACUUUCCUAAAAAUUGUGAAUAAUCAGAAAUAUAUAAUUCUAAUUUAAUUAUAUUUUUUACGUAUUUAGUUAUUACUUACCUGUUUCUCCUUUUUUUUGUAAUAUUAUUUUAGUUUGUACUAGUGUAUUAUUAUAAUAUUAUAUACUUAAAUAAGUUGUAAUUCUAAGUAUUUAUAAAAUUUAUGUAAGCAAUAUUUUAACACAUUAGACUGUAUAUGUUUCAGCCCAUGGUCACUAAAUAAAUGGAAAGAAAUAAUUCAAUAUAUUUAUUAUAUAAGUAUAUAGGUUUUAUGCUUAGACUUGAACUUAAGAAUAUUCAUACAAUAGUAUAACAUAAUAUAUAUUUUUUUACAAUUCAAUAAUUAUACCAAGGUAGAUAUAUAUUUGAUCUCAAUACAUUAUUUAUUUAUUUUUUGUUUGUAUGUAUUUAUAAUUAAUCCAUCCUUUAGUGUGUUAAUAUAAUAAUCAAGCCUUUUGAAUUGUAUAAUGUAUAAUGGUUUGAAUCAUUUAAUCAUGUACCAUGAUAUUUCAGUACACCAGUUGUAUAUUGAUAGAACAGUAUUGUCAUAAUGUUAUUGUUAUUUAAACGGUAAAUUAUGGUUGGUGAUUGUAUUCAUUGUAUUGUAGAUCCCAAUUUAAUAUUGUAAAUCAGUUUCAUUAGAUCUUAUAAUAUUAUAAGUAUUUUGGAUUCAACUGAUCGGUGAAUGUUGUAGAUUUAAGAUCAAUGUAAUCAAAUAAGUUAAUUUCAAAUACUUGAAAAUUAUUAUACUUAACAUUAAGCAUGUAUAUUAAAUAUGAAGGUUUAGCUUGCAUAAUAUUAUUAUAUACACUUAUAUAUAUUUUGUAUGUAUAACAUUUUAUUGUUUAUUAAAAUAUUUAUAAAAUUGAA